AUGGCUCUCCGUCUUGCUGCUACUCCUGCUCUUCGCACCACUGCUCGUCUCAUGAUGCGUCAACAGCCCAUGGGUCUUGUUAAAAUUCAUUCUUCUGUUUCUCAGUCGAAUGCAGUUGCCACCCACAAGCCUGACCGUCUCCAUGGUUCUUACCAUUGGGAUAUCGAGCGUGCUGCUUCUCUUGCUUUAGUUCCUAUCAUCACUUCACAACUUGCUUUCGGUGCCUCACCUAUCACCGAUACCCUUUUGGGUGUUGUCCUCCCUCUUCAUCUUCACAUCGGUUUUGAUGCUUGUAUCACUGAUUAUUUCAAUCCUCGCAACGGUGUUAUUGUUAACAAGGUGAUGACCGGAGCUUUAUGGGCCGCCACCACUGGUGUUCUUGUUGGUUGUUACCAAUUCAACACCAAUGAUAUUGGAAUCACUGAAUUCAUCAGCAAGCUUUGGGUCUAA